UUCAUUUAGCUAUUUAAGACAGAACCCUCGUCCCCAACAUACAUGACCGAGUUUCGGAUUAACUCUAUGGCUUAUUACACUACUCCUACUUCCCUAGGUUGGGAUCUUCAAAACCUUGGAGUUCUCAACGCAGACAUGUCUUUAGUAAUGGAUGGAGUUGGAACUGUUACUGCAACUGCAACUGCAACUUCCCCAUGGUUUCCACAUGCAGAUUUAUCUUCCGGGUAUCUCGAAGAUGCUUUGCUGGAAUUCACCGAACGAUCGAAACGAAGACGAGUGUUGCUGUACAAUGAUGAUCAUGAUCAAAUUAAUGGUUUCAAUGAUCAUGCAAUGCAAGGAUACUGGAAUUAUAGCUGCAACUGGGGCCUCUCUGAGGAUUUCACCUGCAUGAGCCAGUUAACAACAAGCAUUAAUGGUGUUUCAGAUGAACCAAUGAGCACAUCGAUAAAAACACCAGAAGAGACAAUAUCAGACAACCCCGAAGAAGCUUUUGAUUCAUCGUCUUUCUCAUACAAACUCUCAACAGAGAAAACCAAGUCAUUUUCUUCUGGAAGUGAUGAUGAGACGAAGAAGAAAAGGGUGAUAACGAGGGUUGUUUAUCCAUUCGCAUUGGUUAAACCCGGCGGCAUCGAUGGUGAUACGACGCUAAACGACAUCAACGAGAGGAUACUAAUGCCGCCGACAAGGCCGGUGAGGCACCCUGUCGGAGACUUCGCUUGUAGGCCAUGCGUAUCUGCCGAUGGUCCCGGUCUUUCUGGAAAAGCUGUUGUGGCCCUCACCAAAAUACACACUCAAGGGAGAGGCACCAUCACUAUUAUUCGAACCAAAGGCUAAGGAAACACAAUUUGAACUCUUUGUUGUUGCUUGUUUCUUUACUUGAGCAUAGUUCAUGCUUUUGUUUGAAAAAAUUGUAUAGGAGGAAACACAUGGGGUUUAUGAAUCAUGCAUGAAUGUAAAAUAUCAUA